GAGCCGCCACCCCCGAUCCGGUGCGUGUCGCACGUCGGCUGGUUGUACGUGUUGGAACCAAGAAGUGCGUGCAGUUGUACUAGCGGGGAGGAGCUCCAGAUGCUUGACGCGCAGGAUGACUCCGCGCAAUUGUCGGACUUCAAGGUGACGAUUUGGAACCCGCGUACGGGCGCGUCGCUUGGUUCCAUGUCAGCACACGAGAUCGCCGUCCGGGCCGAGGGAGAUCUGUGGCAUGCGUUUUUUGCGGAGCCCAUUGGUGGCGCGGUGCCGCCCGACCUGUCUUAUUUUUCUGGGAUUCUCGACACUGCCGAGGACCUGCCGC